AUGCCAGUUGACGACAUCCAAACCCUUGAUGACGAUCAGGUCAUCAGGGUCAUGGAACUUGCCAAGAAUUCAUCAAGUUUGAGGGAUUUGAAAGAUGUGUCGGAAACUUUCUGCAACGAGCUGGUGCGAGAAGCCAAUUUAGACUUCGCCCGCACCAUGAACAAGAUCAUCUUGAUCAGUGAUCCUCAGGUUCAGAAGCCUCCAGGCCAUGACAGCGGCUUCGCACAGGUCCAUCCUGGCCUUAGCCGGUUGGUUCGCCUGCCUACACCUUGCGUGGAGAGAAGGCCGGGGAAAGCGAAGUUUUGGACCAUCCGCACAUUUGCAUCCAUCGGCUCGAUCGCGAUGGCUAGUGCUGGUGGGUAUCCUUCCUCGAAGUCGCCAUCGGUAGGCUCUAAUGCGAAGUUCAAGAUCGGCCUCUGCCAGACUCAUGUCAGUCAUAACAAGCAAGAGAGUCUGGCCAACGCGAAAGCAGCGAUCGAAGAAGCUGUCAAGAAGGGGGCCGAGAUUGUGGUUCUUGGUGAGAUGUUCAGCUGCCCGUAUGCCACAAAGUACUUUCACGAGUAUGGUGAGAGGCUGCCGUUACCAGGACAGAUGGCUUCCGAUUCGAGCCCGACCGUGAAGCUCCUCUGCGAGCUGGCUCGAGAAUUGAAAAUUUGGAUCGUCGGGGGCUCCCUUCCGGAGCUCGAAGAAGAUCGGGUCUACAAUACCUGCUUGGUACUGAACCCAUCAGGCGGCAUUGUCGCCAAGCACCGAAAAGUGCACCUCUUCGACAUAGACGUGGCCGCAACCGCAUCGCGGGCUGCAAUGAAGUUCAAGGAGUCAGAUGUUCUCUCGGCGGGAGAGACGAUGACUCUGGUCGAUCUUCCGUGGUGUCGAGCAGGCGUGGGCAUUUGCUAUGACUGUCGCUUCCCCGAAUUGGCACUAGCCAUGCGUGCUGAGGGGGCCAAGGUGUUGAUCUACCCCGGCGCUUUCAACAUGACCACAGGGCCUGCGCAUUACCAGUUGCUGGCACGUGGUCGGGCGGUCGACACUCAAUCAUAUGUUGCAUUUGCUUCUCCAGCAAGAAGCAGCGACAAGAACGACUACCAGGCUUGGGGGCACUCGCAGCUGAUCAAUCCGUGGGCGGAGGUGGUGGUCGAGGCAGAGCAUGAGCCUGGUGUGUGGGUUGUGGAGAUCGACCCUUCGGAAGCAGACCGCAUUCGAGAACAGGUUCCAACCUCAUACCAGAAACGAGGGGACCUGUAUGCGCCUUAUGCGCAGCUGGAGGACUCCAAGCGGCGACGUGGUGAGAGCUCUCUGUGA